AUUCGCGAAGAUGUGUAGAAAACAGUGGAUCUCGUUGCGGUUAGCUUUGCUGCUAAUUUACUGUGGUCUCGGUGCCAGUACAGAAAGCGUUGCGGGAAACGAUGACCUGCGUAUGAAAUAUUUACCGUCGAACUGCAGUGAAGCAGUUCAUUUGGCGGGGAGCAAAGCUAAAAGUGGAAUAUAUAAAAUUGGAUUGCCACUGCCACAAGGUGCUGUUAAAGAGUUCUAUGUUUAUUGUUUGCUGGAUCCAUUGGGUGGAGAGGCCUGGACGCUAAUACAACGACGGCAAAACAAAUCUAUAGACUUUUAUCGCGGCUGGGAAGGGUAUAAGAACGGCUUUGGCAACUUAAAUACGGAUUUCUUUAUUGGUCUCGAUAAAUUACAUGCCCUAACGGAAUCACAGUUGCACGAAUUAUGGAUCGAGAUGAAGGACUUCGACGGUGUGGAGAAGCAUGCCAUGUACGACAGUUUUGCCAUUACAGACGAGAGCCAAAAAUAUGCAAUGAGUAUUUUAGGCACAUAUUCGGGCACAGCAGGUGACGCCUUAACUGAGGCACACGGUGGCGCUAACUUCAGCACAUUCGAUCAGGAUAAUAGCGGCGGUGUUUACAAUUGCCCAUAUUAUUUUAAAGGCGGUUGGUGGUAUGCAAAGUGGCCUUGCGGUGAAAGCAACCUAAAUGGAGUCUACCAUAAUGGCUCCUAUGAUGAGAAGUAUGCUGAAGGUAUAACUUGGCCGAAUUGGCGUGGAUCCAAAUACUCUAUGAAAUAUGUGCAUAUGGCAAUCAGACCGAAAUCGAAUUACCCUUAUAGGAAGACAGCAGAUUCAAGCACUCUUUUAACCCGGACUACGUCACCGCAACAUUAUAAACCCAAACCAAACAAUCACGCCAAGCUGUAGGUCUGUUCGUCAGCACGAAGUCAACCAAACUAAUAUAUUUAGAUUGGUAAACAUUAUAAUAGAAACUACUCUGCAGAAUAUCAAAUAAAGUGAAAUGAUUCGGAUUGAAUAAA